GCGCGUCUCUCCGGCUGCCGGGCAGGACCGCGGCGUUGGUGCUCGGGGUCCUGGGCUGGACGCGACCCCGUUCGCGAAGCGUGCGGCUGUCCGCUGACGUCGCCGGCCCCUUCACCGGUGCUGGAAGUCAAAACCGAAAGGGUGGGCGGCGCGGAAGCAGGCGUGGAGCGGCAGGGAUGCGCUGCGCCUGAACGGGCCGAGAGCCUUUCUGAUUGUAUGGAUCACUGAUUGAAUAAUAGAUGGCCUUACCUCGUCUUACAGGAGCCUUGCGCUCCUUUUCAAAUGUCACCAAGCAAGAUAAUUAUAAUGAAGAAGUGGCUGACUUAAAGGUGAAGAGAGCCAAACUUCAUGAGCAAGUUUUAGAUUGUGGCCUGACAUGGAAGAAGAUAAUAGAAUUUUUGAAUGAAAGACUGGAGAAAAGUAAAAUGCGAAGCAUCAAUGAAGACUUAAAAGAUAUAUUACAUGCUGCAAAACAAAUAGUUGGAACGGAUAAUGGCAAAGAAGCAAUUGAAAGUGGGGCUGCAUUUCUGUUCAUGACAUUUCACUUGAAGGACUCCGUUGGUCAUUUGGAGACAAAAGCUGUCAAACAGAUGUUUGGACCGUUUCCAUCAUCAUCUGCCACCGAAGCUUGUAAUGCUACUAAUAGAAUUGUUUCUCAUUUUAGUCAAGAUGAUCUUGCUGCUCUUGUCCAGUUGACAAAACAGGAAUAUAGUGAUGGAUUUUUUUUUGGCAAAAAUUUAGCAUUUUCAUUUGAUAUGCAUGAUUUGGACCACUUUGAUGAACUGCCAAUAAAUGGUGAAUCCCAGAAAAUCAUCAGUCUAGAUUAUGAGAAGUUUUUGAAUGAGCAUGAUCAUUGCACACCAGAACUCAAGCCUGUGGAAAAAACAAAUGGCUCCUUUUUAUGGUGUGAAGUUGAAAAGUACUUAAAUACAAGUUUAAAGGAAAUGACUGAAGCACCAAGAAUAGAAGAUCUUUGCUGCACUUUGUAUGACAUGCUUGCUUCUGUUAAAAGUGGUGAUGAGCUCCAGGAUGAGCUGUUUGAAUUGUUGGGACCUGAAGGACUUGAUUUAAUUGAGAAACUCCUCCAGAACAGAAUUACAAUUGUGGAUAAAUUCCUUAAUUCUUCAAAUGAUCAUAAACUUCAGGCUCUUCAAGACAAUUGCAAAAAAAUUUUAGGAGAAAAUGCUAAACCAAAUUAUGGCUGCCAAGUCACUAUUCAGUCUGAACAAGAAAAACAAUUAAUGAAACAAUAUCGCCGUGAAGAAAAGAGAAUUGCCAGACGAGAGAAAAGGACUGGGGAAGAUGUGGAAGGUUCAGAAGGACUUGUGAACUUUGAUCCUAAAGAAUUAAGAAUACAUAGAGAACAGGCUCUACUGAAUGCUAGAAAUGCACCACUUCUGAGCAGACAGAGAGACACGGAGACUGAAAAAAUACGUUUUCCACAUGUUUAUGAUUCCCAGGCUGAAGCUAGGAAAACAUCUGCGUUCAUUGCUGGUGCAAAGAUGAUUUUACCAGAAGGUAUCCAGAGGGAGAACGACAAACUUUGUGAGGAAAUUAAGAUUCCCUAUAGUGAGCCAAUGCCAAUUGGGCUUGAAGAAAAGCCAGUUUAUAUCCAGGACUUAGAUGAGAUUGGACAGCUGGCUUUUAGAGGAAUGAGAAGACUGAAUAGAAUUCAAUCAAUAGUGUUUGAGACAGCCUACAACACUAAUGAGAAUAUGCUGAUCUGUGCCCCUACUGGUGCCGGAAAGACCAACAUUGCAAUGCUUACAGUCUUGCAUGAAAUUCGCCAACAUUUUCAACAGGGUGUUUUAAAAAAGAAUGAGUUUAAGAUUGUAUAUGUUGCUCCAAUGAAAGCCUUGGCCGCUGAGAUGACAAAUUACUUCAGCAAACGUCUAGAGCCACUGGGCAUUGUUGUGAAAGAAUUGACUGGUGAUAUGCAGUUGUCAAAAACUGAAAUUUUACGAACCCAGAUGCUUGUGACCACACCAGAAAAAUGGGAUGUAGUGACAAGAAAGAGUGUUGGUGAUGUUGCUCUUUCCCAAAUUGUCAAGCUGCUUAUUCUUGAUGAAGUGCAUUUGCUUCAUGAAGACAGAGGACCAGUAUUAGAAAGUAUCGUUGCACGUACUUUACGACAGGUUGAAUCUACACAGAGCAUGAUAAGGAUUCUUGGGCUGUCUGCAACCUUACCGAACUACCUCGAUGUUGCCACGUUUUUGCAUGUUAAUCCUUACAUUGGACUUUUCUUCUUUGAUGGCCGUUUUCGACCAGUGCCUCUUGGACAGACAUUUUUGGGGAUUAAAAGUGCAAAUAAGAUGCAGCAGUUGAAUAAUAUGGAUGAAGUAUGCUAUGAAAAUGUUUUAAAGCAAGUAAAAGCUGGCCACCAGGUCAUGGUGUUUGUACAUGCUCGAAAUGCCACUGUUAGAACAGCUAUGUCUCUAAUCGAAAGAGCAAAAAAUUGUGGCCAGAUACUCUGCUUCCUGCCUACCCAAGGACCUGAAUAUGGACAUGCAGAAAAACAGGUGCAAAAGUCAAGAAAUAAGCAAGUCCGAGAACUAUUCCCAGAUGGUUUUAGUAUUCACCAUGCAGGAAUGCUCCGGCAGGAUAGAAAUUUGGUUGAAAACUUGUUUUCUAAUGGGCAUAUCAAAGUCCUGGUCUGUACAGCCACGUUAGCGUGGGGUGUCAAUCUUCCUGCUCAUGCUGUUAUUAUCAAGGGAACACAAAUAUAUGAUGCAAAACGAGGCUCCUUUGUUGACCUUGGAAUUUUAGAUGUCAUGCAGAUAUUUGGUAGAGCUGGACGGCCACAAUUUGACAAGUUUGGGGAAGGAAUCAUCAUAACAACGCAUGAUAAACUCAGCCAUUACCUCACUUUGCUUACUCAACAAAACCCAAUUGAGAGCCAGUUUCUGGAAAGUCUUGCAGAUAACUUAAAUGCAGAGAUUGCUCUUGGAACAGUUACCAACGUGGAGGAAGCGGUGAAGUGGAUAAGUUACACUUAUCUUUAUGUGCGAAUGAGAGCGAAUCCAUUAGCAUAUGGGAUCAGUCACAAAGCAUAUCAGAUGGAUCCAACCUUAAGAAAGCAUCGAGAACAAUUGGUUAUUGAAGUUGGACGAAAACUAGACAAAGCCCAGAUGAUCCGCUUUGAAGAGCGAACUGGGUAUUUCUCCUCAACUGACUUGGGUAGAACUGCAAGCCACUACUAUAUUAAAUACAAUACUAUUGAGACUUUUAAUGAACUCUUUGAUGCACACAAAACUGAGGGUGAUAUCUUUGCUAUAGUUUCCAAAGCUGAAGAAUUUGAUCAAAUCAAGGUCAGAGAAGAAGAAAUAGAGGAAUUAGAUGCCUUAUUAUGCAACUUCUGUGAACUCUCAGCUCCCGGGGGUGUGGAAAAUAGCUAUGGCAAAAUAAACAUCUUACUUCAAACCUAUAUCAGCCGGGGAGAGAUGGACAGUUUUUCCCUCAUAUCGGAUUCUGCAUAUGUUGCACAGAAUGCAGCUAGGAUUGUUCGUGCUCUUUUUGAAAUUGCUCUGCGGAAACGGUGGCCCGCCAUGACCUACAGGCUCCUCAAUCUUAGUAAAGUUAUCGACAAGAGGCUUUGGGGUUGGGCUAGCCCUUUGAGACAGUUCUCAGUGUUACCACCACACAUUCUAACAAGAUUAGAAGAAAAAAAUCUUACUGUGGAUAAGCUGAAAGACAUGAGGAAAGAUGAAAUAGGUCACAUUUUGCAUCAUGUGAAUAUUGGACUGAAGGUCAAGCAAUGUGUUCAUCAGAUUCCUUCUGUUACAAUGGAAGCAUCCAUCCAGCCCAUCACCCGGACUGUUCUCCGAGUGACACUCACCAUAUAUCCUGACUUUACUUGGAAUGAUCAGGUCCAUGGAACUGUUGGAGAACCCUGGUGGAUUUGGGUAGAAGAUCCUACAAAUGAUCAUAUUUAUCAUUCAGAAUAUUUUCUCACUUUAAAAAAGCAGGUCAUUACUAAAGAAGCUCAACUACUGGUAUUCACAAUACCUAUUUUCGAACCUUUGCCUUCCCAAUACUAUAUCCGAGCAGUGUCUGACAGAUGGUUAGGUGCUGAGGCUGUCUGUAUUAUCAACUUCCAACAUCUGAUUCUCCCAGAGAGACAUCCUCCUCAUACAGAAUUACUAGAUCUUCAACCUCUACCAAUUACAGCCUUGGGUUGUAAAGCCUAUGAAGCCUUAUACAAUUUUACCCACUUCAACCCUGUACAGACACAAAUAUUUCACACACUAUAUCACACGGACUGUAAUGUGCUACUUGGAGCACCCACUGGAUCAGGGAAGACUGUUGCUGCUGAAUUAGCCAUUUUCAGAGUCUUCAACAAGUACCCUACCUCAAAGGCAGUAUAUAUUGCACCCCUAAAAGCUCUAGUACGUGAAAGAAUGGAUGAUUGGAAAGUUAGAAUAGAAGAAAAACUUGGAAAAAAUGUUAUUGAACUAACAGGAGAUGUAACUCCUGAUAUGAAAUCCAUUGCCAAGGCUGACCUUAUUGUCACAACACCAGAGAAGUGGGAUGGAGUCAGCAGAAGCUGGCAAAAUAGGAAUUAUGUUCAGCAAGUCACUAUUCUCAUCAUAGAUGAGAUCCAUUUGCUUGGGGAGGAAAGAGGUCCUGUCCUUGAGGUCAUUGUAUCACGAACGAAUUUCAUCUCAUCACACACAGAAAAACCUGUUAGAAUAGUUGGACUGUCUACUGCAUUAGCUAAUGCCAGAGACCUUGCUGACUGGCUAAAUAUCAAACAAAUGGGUUUGUUCAACUUCCGACCAUCAGUGCGCCCCGUCCCACUGGAAGUCCACAUCCAGGGUUUCCCAGGGCAGCAUUACUGUCCUCGUAUGGCUAGUAUGAACAAGCCUGCAUUUCAGGCAAUUCGAAGCCAUUCUCCAGCCAAACCUGUUUUGAUAUUUGUCUCAUCAAGACGUCAGACUCGUCUUACUGCCUUGGAAUUAAUAGCUUUUCUGGCUACCGAAGAAGAUCCAAAGCAGUGGUUGAAUAUGGAUGAAAGAGAGAUGGAGAACAUCAUUGGAACACUAAAAGAUUCCAACUUGAAGCUGACUCUUGCUUUUGGAAUAGGAAUGCAUCAUGCUGGGCUACAUGAGAGGGACCGAAAAACAGUAGAGGAGCUAUUUGUAAAUUGUAAAAUUCAGGUGCUUAUUGCUACAAGCACAUUAGCCUGGGGUGUAAACUUUCCAGCUCAUUUAGUAAUUAUUAAGGGAACAGAAUAUUAUGAUGGAAAAACAAGACGUUACGUGGAUUUUCCCAUUACAGAUGUACUCCAGAUGAUGGGGCGUGCUGGGAGGCCACAGUUUGAUGACCAGGGCAAAGCUGUAAUUCUGGUUCAUGACAUAAAGAAAGACUUUUACAAAAAAUUUUUGUAUGAACCUUUUCCAGUAGAAUCAAGCUUAUUAGGAGUACUUUCUGACCAUUUAAAUGCAGAAAUUGCUGGUGGUACAAUAACUUCUAAGCAAGAUGCCUUGGAUUAUAUCACCUGGACUUACUUUUUCCGGCGUCUUAUCAUGAACCCCAGCUAUUACAAUUUGGGUGAAGUGAGCCAUGAUUCAGUGAACAAGUUUCUUUCCCACCUGAUUGAGAAGUCCCUGAUUGAAUUGGAGAACUCCUACUGCAUUGAAAUUGGAGAGGAUAGUCGGAGUAUUGAACCUCUGACGUAUGGCAGGAUUGCUUCCUAUUACUAUCUGAAGCAUCAAACAGUUAAAAUGUUCAAGGACCGUUUGAAACCUGAAUGCAGUACUGAAGAAUUGCUUUCAAUUCUGAGUGAUGCAGAAGAAUACACAGAUUUGCCUGUAAGACACAAUGAAGAUCAUAUGAAUAGCGAACUGGCAAAAUGUCUUCCCAUUGAAUUAAAUCCUCACUCAUUUGACAGCCCACACACCAAAGCACAUCUCCUCCUACAAGCACAUCUCAGCCGAGCCAUGCUUCCUUGCCCCGAUUAUGAUACUGAUACCAAAACAGUCUUGGACCAAGCUCUCAGAGUGUGUCAGGCAAUGCUGGAUGUGGCUGCAAACCAGGGCUGGUUAGUGACUGCCCUGAAUAUAACCAAUCUGGUUCAAAUGGUGAUCCAGGGUCGAUGGUUAAAAGACUCUUCCCUUCUCACAUUACCAAACAUAGAACAGCACCAUCUUCACCUUUUCAGGAAAUGGAAUAAGGGCCAACAUAGUAAGUGUCCCACCUCCAUUGAGUGCCUUCCUGAGCUGAUCCAUGCCUGUGGAGGGAAAGAGCAUGUAUUCAGCAACAUGGUGGAAAGUGAGCUACACGCUGCAAAAACAAAGCAGGCAUGGAAUUUCUUAUCUCGCUUGCCAGUGAUAGAUGUUAGUAUAAGUGUUAAAGGCUCAUGGGAUGGCUUAGUUGAAGGACAUAAUGAACUCUCCAUUUCAAAUCUGACUAUGGACAAACGAGAUGACAACAAAUGGAUCAAGUUGCAGGCUGAUCAGGAGUAUGUGCUUCAAGUCAGCUUGCAGAGAGUCCACUUUGGGUUCUACAAGGGAAGGCAAGAGACCUGUGCAGUAACCCCUCGAUUUCCCAAAUCCAAAGAUGAAGGAUGGUUUUUAAUAUUAGGAGAAGUAGAUAAGAGAGAACUUAUUGUUUUAAAAAGAGUAGGAUAUAUACGAAAUCAUCAUGUGGCUUCCCUUUCAUUUUAUACCCCUGAAACACCUGGAAGGUAUAUCUUUACACUGUAUCUCAUGAGUGACUGCUACCUUGGCCUGGACCAACAAUAUGAUAUUUAUCUGCACGUCACAGAAGCAAAUCACACUACACAGGUCAACGCAGAGGUCACCGAUGCCCUCAUUGAGUGAAGCACCCUGACCCAAUGGAUCAAUUUAAAAGAAGCAUUUAACAAGUAUGACCCUUUAGCCGUCUAGACAAAGUCCAGUUACUUCAUGUUUGCCAUGACAGAAUCAACUUCUAACCUGGUAGACAUCCUACACGUUGACAGUUGCUGCAGUAUUGACUCCAGCAGCACAAAGUUGGAUGCAGUGGCCUUUUAACAAAUGUUGCCUUUUAUAAUGUUGUCUCCAUGGGUUUCUUGAUACUGUAAAAUGGAUAAGUAUGUAGGACAAUCUCUUAAAUUGUGUAUGUUUGAGACAAUAUCCAGAAAUUUUCAAUCAAAUCUCACAAGAUGCUGUUUACAUGAAUGUCAGUUUCGGGAUUUUUUAUUUGUUUGUUUUGUUCUGUUUUUUUUUUAAGUAAAACUGCCAUAAGGUCUGACAAUGUCAGGCUUUUAAUUGUGCAGUGUAAAAUAUGUGAGAUAAAUAUGCAAGGUGAUUCACUAUGUAUCUUGAUAGCAAACAUUAUACUUUGAUCUCAUUUAGAAGCAGUUUGAAGAAAUUCUUAGUCAUAAAUGUUAAUAAUAUAUGACAUAAAGUUAUGGAAUCCAGUGAUGAUGAAACAAGAAAACAGAAUAUACUGAUCUUGAAAAAUACAUUUACUACGACUGGUGCAAAUAAAAUAUGCAGAGUUUCACUUGAAAA